AACACCUUCUGUGUUGAUUUCACGUAUAAUGUUCUACUCUUGCUUUCGACAACGAACAAGCGAACUAUGCCGUACACUACAAUUAUCCGUGAUUGCGCCUCAGCACCGUUCCCCCGGACCCCGCACUAAUAAGCGAUCCCCGUGACGAUAAUUCGUCAUGGUUAGGCCGAAAGGGGCUCACUGAUUCCUCUAUGUGCAACUGGAAUGCCACCCGAGACAACAAAGCGACGACAAAAGAUCUUCAGUGAGGAAGAGCUCAAGGAUAUUGAGCAAAAGCGUAUUCGGGGAGAACUUUCUUGCGCUGAAUGUCGCCGACUCAAACUUCGCUGCGAUAAGAAGGUUCCCUGUAGCUCGUGUUGUAGGCGAGGAUGCGAGAGUAUAUGCCCCUGUGGUAUUUUGUCUGCGGGACAAGGCACUCGAUUCAUUCUCGCUGAUACGGAUCAUCUGCAUCGUAAAAUCACCGAAAUGAGCCAACGUAUACGGUCGCUCGAGGACGCGUUAGCGAUUCUACAGGCUAGUGUCUCUGAAGAGCGACACCCUCUUCUCGACGAUGAACUUCUCAAAAUCAAAUUUGGAGCAGAGGCUGCAAACCGGGACCGACGUCCCGCAGAGACACAGGCCAUUGAUGCUCUCGGGACGUUGACGUUGACCGACGAGGGUGACAUGCGGUAUUUCGGCAGGUCAGCUGGUUCAGAGACAUUAAUCGCAGGCGAGGAAUGGGAUAAUAUUUCCGACUAUUCAUCCGACGACAGUACCGAGCUUUCAACAAGCCCGUCGCUGGAGAAGGCCACCACAGGAUUUCUGUUUUCACAAGCACAUAUGGCCGCUGCCAAUGUUGCCUCCAGGUUACCCCCAAGAGACCGCGCCCAUGUCCUCUGUCAAUUGUAUAUCGAUCACGCGUCCCUCUUCUUCCGGCCUAUCAAAAGGGAUGAACUGUUUGAUUUGUUCCUCCCUGACAUAUACAAGGAGCCUAAUUCGGCUGUUCCCCAUACACUUGCUACCCUGUUCUUUGUGUUUGCACUGGGGGCGCUGUUUGAUCUCCGUCUUGGGGCCUACAACAAAGAGGCGGAAUUAUAUUAUCACCUGGGACUUACAGCGCUGUCACUGAAACACGUUCUACUGGAUGCGCCUCAAAUUAACACCAUUCGCGCAGUCGGACUUAUGGCGACGUAUCACAGCAUGGCAAGUAAAAAGUACUCCCGGGAUACCGCUUGGUUUAGCAUGGGGCUUGCUGUCAAGUUAGCACUAAGUAUUGGCCUUCAUCGGGAUAGCGCGAGAUGGCACAUGGAACCCAGGACCGUUCAAAUGCGCAGAAAUCUAUGGUGGGAAAUCUUCUCUUCCGACGUAUCUCAUAGCCUUGCCCUUGGUCGGCCUCCCGCAGUUCAUCUAUCGUUUGUUGACUGUGAGUUCCCAACCGAUGAGGAGGCAACGUUGAGCCAGUCGGGAGAUAUUGAAUUUGGUUUCUGGCGCAUGAAAUACACCUUUGCCCGAGACAUCUUCAGUGCUGUCGUUGACGCGACCCUGACUGCCCAAACGCCAAGCUAUGCUACUAUACUGGACCUUGAUAAGAAAGUCCGUCAGAUGACCUUCCCGUCGUCCUUCAAGCCGUAUGUCAAACUCGAAGAUGGGGUCGGAGACUACUAUUCUAGUGCGAAGAGUCUAAGAGACUUUUAUGCAAGUCAACAUAGGACCGUUACGAUGCUCUACCUACAUCGGAGUUACUUUGCUCAGUCUAUCCUCGAUUCCCCUUCGAAUCCUCUUCUCAGUCCCUUCGCUCCCUCUUUCCUAACAGCGUAUCGGAGUGCGUCUGUUAUGAUAAAGGCUGCCGCGCACCAGUUUGAUCGUUCAGCUGACGCGGCCACGAGGGUAUGGUUCCUGCUGUAUCACAUUUUUUCUUCAGCAGUGGUCGUUGGCAGUGUGGUCACUCGUUCACCUAAUACCACCAUCGCUCGCAGUGCUUUGGAGGACUUGGAGUUGGCCAUCAGGCUGUUCGAAACGUGCGCAGCUAAAUCUCAGAGAGCAAGAGUCGCCUUAGGCAUUCUGCGCAAGCUCAGAGAUAAAGCCAUAGUAUCUUAUACCCAGUCCCGGCUAAAAUCCCGGUCACCCGAGAGCGAUAUGUCCGACAAGUCAUCCACCCAACCACCGUACUCCGAGUCCGAAGAUGAAUUGGCAAUAUUCGGCGGGCAGACUAAAGUACUGACAAAGAGGCAUCGGUCAAAGAACUCGUUACAGUUUACCGGUUUCCCUGCUUCUACUACUGAGUCCACGCCUUCUCCUGGGGGCCCUGCAGCUGAAGCGAAGCUACAUAAAGUCAAUGUCCAUCCGUCAUUGAUGGACUACAUUAAAGACGGCGGUGGGGGGAUGAUGACGACAACGGAACCUCGUCUGCAAAUUCAUGGACAGUGGUCGCCUCAAACCGUACAACCAUUUCCUUUAUCAUCAGGAUCGACUUUCGCAAAUGUCCCGCCGACUGGUACGGAAGAGGACCAUGGGUUUUCGUGGAACGCUAUAUUCGAUCUUCCAAGCACGAAUUGGACGGAGACCUCUCCACUUUAUUCAAUCGGACCCGCGUCCGCGGGCUACCACCCACAAACGCUCUAUGCUCCUCCAGUAAACCAAACGCCACAGCCACAAUACCAGCCGCCUGAGUCUGGUAUCAGCUCUAAUGACCUGAAUUGGUUCAAUAUCCAACAUCCACCACCGGUGCCAGUCUUCCCGGCAGUGAAUGCUGCUGCGCUGGCGGAGUUGGGAUUGAUGACGGAGUCGAAUAUGGAUCCGGGGUGGCUGUCUUUUAUGCACGAGUGCGGCAUAGUAGUCGCAGAUCCUACGGUAGGGCUUUCUUCUGGGCUUGGGAUGGGUAUGUAGAUCAAUAUUGUAUGAUAUAUUUUUAGGUAGUGUAAUUUGUCGGAAUUUGUAUCCAUCAUCUUUUAUUAAUAUUAUAGUUAUAUAUUGACGUGGGUUAAUUUUUUCGACGGCCGUACACCUCAUCGCAAGGUUCAAGAUUAAUUAGGAAUCCGCACCGUAUGCGCUGAAACCGUCGACGGUACGGGUCGUAACCGUACCCGUCAACCGUAUUUUUGGCGAUGCCAAGCGACUCGAAUAUCAUAACGUCUUCUUCCAGCGCGACGUUCAGACGUAUCCAGCAGGCAUCCGUUCCGUCACAAUCACUAUAAAGAGCUGUAAAAG